AUGACGUCUUUCACUAAAUUCUUCUCGUAUUUCAACCAACAUAUCAACAUUUUCUUCUUCUCAUGGAUUCCUAAAGCAUUACGGUUCCUAAUCCUUGUGUUUUUUGUUUCCAUCUCUGCAUACGCACAGAGACUAGAAAAACACAAUUGCAGGAAAAUUAUAAACAAAAGGAGCACUAAAUUUGUGUACAAAAAGAGAAAAUUACUGGGAUUUUCUGCUACCGAACCGAUUGAUUGCGCGAUUUGUUUAUCGGAUUUCGAGCAGGGAGAUAAAGGGAGGAAAAUUGAAAGCUGCAAUCAUAUUUUCCAUGAAAAUUGCUUAGAUAAAUGGCUGAUGGACGGGAAAGGACAAGCCACGUGUCCUCUUUGCCGGAGCUUGAUUAUACCGGAAAAUAUGGAGGAAGUUCACCGGAAAAUUAAAGACGAAGGAGUGACGUUUGGUAUAUUUGAGGAGGAACUUGCUCUGAUGUUGCUCUCUGGUUUGACUAGUGGAUGUUCUCAGUGGCGUAGCCACACAUAG